AAACAGUAGAUAGACAUCAGAACAACAUGGCUUUGACAGGUAAAAUGGGGUCCUAUGAUAGGGACGGAACAUCCAAGUAUGAAAGAGGCGAUUCACGUAAAGCCAAAUUCACCAAGGACAAGAAAUUACGUUCUAAUUUAAAGAAAAUGGAUAACCAAUAUAAGGAAGCAUUAAGAUCGGCAGCCGGAACCGACUUGUUAUUACAAGAAGAAGCUGGUUUCUUAGAAGCUGAAGAUGAAAUGGAAAAAACUUUCAAAUUCAAACAAGAUGAGAUCGCCGAAGCCGUUGAUUCAAGUACUGCCAAUAAAAAGUUUGACUUGAAGUUACCCGAGUUUGGUCCUUAUACCAUUGACUAUUCUAGAAAUGGUCGACAAUUAUUGAUAGGAGGAAGAAAAGGACAUGUUGCCAGCAUCGAUUGGAGAACCGGUGCUUUAGAUUGUGAAUUACAUCUCAAUGAAACUGUCAAUGCUGUCAAAUAUUUACAUAAUGAUCAGUACUUUGCCGUGGCUCAAAAGAAGUACACUUUCAUAUAUGACAAACAAGGGAUUGAAUUGCAUAGACUUAACCAACACAUUGAAUCUACAUUGUUGGAGUUCUUACCAUAUCAUUUCUUGCUUGCUACUGCAGGAAACACCGGGUUCUUGAAAUACCACGAUGUGUCCACCGGGGUAUUGGUUUCUGAAAUUAAAACCAAAUUAGGCCCUACACAAGCCAUGAAACAAAAUCCCUGGAAUGCAGUAAUACAUUUAGGUCACGGAAAUGGGACGGUAUCCUUAUGGGCACCAAACAUGCCUGAUCCAUUAGUGAAGAUCCAAUCAUGUCGUGGUCCAAUACGAGAUUUAGCUAUAGAUAGAGAAGGUAAAUAUAUGGCAGUUAGCGGUACUGACAAGACGUUGAAAAUAUGGGAUUUAAGAAAAUUGAAAGAAGUUGAUCAUUAUUACACUCAAACACCAGCCAAUUCCUUGGACAUUUCCGAUACAGGGUUGUUAAGUGUUGGUUGGGGUCCUCAUGUAACUAUAUGGAAAGAUGUUUUGAAACAACGCCAGUCAAAUCCAUAUAUGAACCAUCUUAUUGCUGGUUCUAAGAUUGAAAAGAGCAAGUUUGUUCCAUUUGAAGAUAUCUUGGGAGUGGGUCACCAACAAGGUUUCAGUUCGAUUAUUGUUCCUGGAUCAGGUGAAGCCAACUAUGAUGCCUUGGAAUUGAACCCUUACGAAACCGCUAAACAAAGACAACAACAAGAGGUUAGACUGUUGAUUAACAAAUUAUCCCCAGACACUAUUUCUCUUGAUCCAAAUGUUAUAGGUACAGUUGAUAAGCGCGCCACAUCAAUAAGAUUAAAACCAAAUCAAAUUAACGAAUUAAGCACCGAGGAGGGAUCAAGUAAGAUGGACAUAAGACCAGAAGUCAAAGGUAAAAAUUCAGCAUUAAGAUCUCAUUUAAGAAAGAAGAGACAAAAUGUUAUUGAUCAAAGAAAAGUCCGUAUUGAAAAGAAUUUGAAGAUGGAAAAGGAGGCAAGACAAAGAAAGUAUAGACAAGACAAGGGUAUACCUGAAGAAAAAGAUUUAUUGGGUCCAGCAUUAGCAAGGUUUAAAUAAACGUUGUAUAGAUUAAUAUAACAAUUCCUAAUCUAGAUUGAUGCAUUAGUUUACUUCUAUCACCAAGGAAAAAUGUAUAUAUAUA